AUGCGGCCUCUUACAGAGGACCAGACUCGCCUCGUUUUCGAAAAACUUGCCCGAUAUAUGGGGAAGAAUAUAAAGCUGCUGUUAGAUCGACCCGAUGAGGAGCACUGCUUCCGUUUACACAAGAACCGGGUGUACUACGCGCCGGUACGUCUGAUCCGCCAGGCAACUCGCGUGCCGAAGGACGAUUUGAUUUGUUUCGGCGUUUGUGUAGGCAAGUUCACGCAUUCUGGCAAGUUCCGCGUCGAAGUGACGUUUUUGGACUAUCUUGGCAACUAUGCACUAGGAAAAGUCUGGCUGAAAAAGAGUUCCGAAAUGAGUUUUCUCUAUGGGAACCACGUUGUCAAAGGCGGCGUGGCCCGUUUCACCGAGGGUGCAGUCAAGAACCAAGCUGUGGUCGUGUACAACGAGGACGAUAUUCCUCUUGGUUUCGGGGUCAUGGCCCGGUCUGUUGUUGAGUGCGGCAUGGCAGGUCCCGAAGACCUUGUUGUUCUGAACCAGGCGGACCUGGGGAUGUAUUUGCGCGAAGAGGGGACGCUCUCCGCUGCAGCCUCCUAG